AUGAUCGCUAUUCUCAUCAGAUAUGUCCAGUCUCGUAAGAAGAUUUCAAAUUGGACACCCCAAGGGAACGACACCGCAGCUACCACCGAGACAUCCGCAGAGACAAUCCAGACGACCGAGACAGUAGAGACCGGGAAAAGUAGGAGAUCUCAACGAAAUCACGGGCUAUAUGACCGAUGGCUCAUGGUCAGGUUUACAGUGGCAUUCGUUAUCUUAGCAGUCUUUGAAGUGACGAAUACACUAUUUCAGCUUCAAUCAGUCAACAACAACAAGAAGGACGCAACACUUACAGAGCCUGACUAUAGCGUGGAACGAGCGAGAUCAACGUUCUUCCUGUACCUUCCCGGCGUUACCCCUGGAAUAUUCUUAUUUCUGGUAUUUGGUACCACUGCAGGUGGUAGGCGUCGCAAGCAAAAGCUCUCAGACGUCGAGGCGGUCGAUGUCGCAGAGCCUACCGCAGAUCCAUUUGCGGACACAUCAGCAAUCGAUGCAAAGGCGGAAGAAGCAGCAAAUGAUCCGAUUCUAUCUAUUCCCAGGUCGGCUUUGGUCUCCAAGUAUAACAGAUCAUUUGAUCGAUACAAAGAUUCUAUCGAGAGUAGAAUGCCGAUGGGGUCUGAGAGGCAGUGGCUCCAGAAGAAAGAUGAUGAGUUCGAAUCAGAAGGGCCUGAUGGGAUUGAGCUGCGAGGCAGAUCAACGUUGGAUGAAAUUCGGAAAGAUUAUUAUCAAGCGAGCCCCGAAGAAAGCGAUGACUCUGGGCCCGUAUUACCCAUAAUGACUCACCAGCAGCGAAGAAUACCUGGAAGCACGAAUGGCGCAUCUAUACCUAGUUCAGAUAAAGGCACAUCAGCUCAUCCUGGCUAG